UUUAGAUGCUUCAGAGACGCUGCCUAGCUGCGAACCCAAUACUGAUUUCUUAUUUACUCAACCUCCUCCUGGCCUUCACAUGCAGCCACCGGAGUCAGAGGCAGGACCUUCUGAAGAGUCCUAUUCACCACCAAUACCUCAAGCUUCUUCCAGUCAAACUCAAACGCCCCAAACUAAGGGUCGUUCACCCCCUACAGACCCCGUUACAGCUCUUAAACGCCAACGCAAUAAUGUUGCGGCUCGGAAAUAUCGGCAGAAACGAAUUGAUCGCAUCAACGAGUUGGAAGGGGAACUUCAAUCUGUCAAGCAGGAACGAGAUGAUUUGAAACUUCGUCUGGCUCGUCAGGAGGCGGAGGCGGCGGCGUUACGAAGCAUGUUGCAAAUGAACUCUGGGAAGGGUAUGGGAAAUUAGUAUUUAGGCAAUUUGUAUCUUUUGAAGUGUGUAAUAGUUCGGAAAUCUUUAAAUUGAAUUUGUUGUUCUUUCUCAGACGAUGUCGACUCGUUCUUUUCCUCAUAUGUGGGUUGUCCUUUGAUAGGACCGCAGAAUUUAAUACAUAGGUUGAGGGAACGUAAUUGUCAUCUUCGAUGGGUGGAUGUAGGAAAAUGGACUUGGGAAUUUGACAUACC